UGCCAGCUAAACUUCCGUUUGCCCAUCGUUCUUUCGUUCUCUGACCGUCUUCGAAAACAGAAGAAAAAUGAGAGCUAAGUGGCGUAAGAAGCGUAUGCGUAGGUUGAAGCGUAAGCGCAGGAAGAUGCGUGCAAGGUCCAAGUAAUCGCAUCGCCAUUGCCCAUUUUCGUGGAACCCCUAUUGACGUACAAAAAUUGAAUGCCGACUGGGCAACUCGAAGCCCGAAAGUAAUUUGCAAAAUGUGUUUUCGAAACCAGAAAAUAAAUGUGCUUUACAACAAAUUCACUUUGAAAUUUCCAUUUGAAAAUACUUAAAUAAAUUGCUGGUUUACAAUUGUUCCACAAAAAAAAACAUAAACCUGUGUUAAAUUACCAAAACGGACAGUAAAAAGAAAGGAAAAAACGAAAGAAAAAAUAUUCAAGCGUGCUUUUUCUCAACAUAACCCCACUCACUCAUGAGUGUGACCCGUGCUUGCUGUUGUGCAUGCCUGCGUCUGAGCAGAAUCGGAGUUGCCGCAACUGCAAACGGAAGUAUUAGUGUGCCCAGGCCACUAUGUGUAUUUGAUUUGAUUUAUUUAGACAGAUUGUCAGCAUUUCUGCGGAAGUACUUGUCGUGUUAAGUGGGUAUCCACCUCCCCCGCCCGCUCACAGAAACUGCAACUCUUUUUGAGUUUGGAAAUAGAAUAAGCGGAAAACCACUGCUAUGUCCUCGCAUAACUCGCCACUUGUACAAAUGCUGCAGGCAUUGGGAGGUGGAAUUUCUGGGGGAAUGACGCGUUUCUUGACGCAUCCGUUCGAUGUGCUGAAGAUACGAUUUCAAUUGCAGGUGGAGCCGUUAGAAAAGAGAUCAAUCAUUUCCAAAUAUAGUGGCAUGCUGGACGCCUUCUCCGUCAUAUAUCGCGAGGAGGGGCUACGCGGCAUUUGGAAGGGUCACAUAUCCGCUCAGACAAUGAGCAUCACCUAUGCUCUGGUCCAGUUCUGGUCAUAUGAGCAGUUGCGCCGCGCUGCCUCCCAGUACUCCUUCUUCCAGAGGCAUCCGAAUUUUAGCUACUUCAUGUGCGGCGGAAUGGCCGGUUGCAUUGGCACCUUGGCGGCUCAUCCGUUCGAUGUGGUGCGCACCCGGGUGGUGGCCGCCGAUCCGGGCAGUGAUGCGGGCAAGCUGAGUGCGUUGUCGGGCGUGAAGAACGUGUUUCAGCGUGAGGGUUUGCGUGGCGUCUCGAGCGGCCUGAUGCUGACCCUGCUACAGAUAUAUCCGUUGGUGGGGGCCAAUUUUGUUUUCUACAAGUUCUUCAAUCAUAUGGAAGGCAAGCUGAUCGGCCAAUACCACCACGAUCCGCAUCCGCAGCAUUUGAUACCGGGCGCCCUGCUCUUCUUCAAUGCUGCCGUCUCCGGCGUUCUCGCGAAAAUAAUCGUCUAUCCGCUGGACCUAAUCAAAAAGCGCUCGAUGCUGAGUCACUUUGAGGCUGACCGUAAAACAUUCGGUGUUAAUCCCAGUUGCAACACGAUAAUGUUCUGCAUUCGGAAUACGAUUGAGAGGGAGGGCGUUAUGGGUUUAUAUAAGGGAAUGGUGCCCACACUCUACAAGUCUGGCACUAUGUCCGCCUUCUACUUCACCAUAUACGAUUACUUCAACCACUAUAUCACCAUACCCAUUCAUGAGAGAGAAGUGGAACGUGAGAGGAACCGAUCGAAAUAAGUUUUACUAUUUCAAAUAUUAAAUAUUAACAGACAAACGGAUUUUACAACAGACACAAACAUUUUGUAAUUGCUUAAACUUCCCAUCAGAUUAAAGAAAAGAAUUUAUCGAAAGCGCAUUUU